CUAUAAAACGCACAGCCGCCGCUCUGAAUGAGUAGAAGUCUAAUAGCAUCUAACCAUAACAAUCAGUUUUGUUAUAAUAGAAAUAGUGCGAAGAAAUCUUUAGAGAAUGAAAUUUAUUGCCGCGUUGUGUUUGGCGUUAAGCCUGUGCGUGGYGGUGUGUCAUACUGCGCCCGUGGAACGUGAAACGCUCUUGAGCMUUGAAGACGCACAGCCUGUGGUGAUUUCUGUUGAGGGGCAACCGCAACCAUUGAUACGCGUAGCACGUCAUGGUCAUCGUGGUUUUGGUGGUUAUGGCGGUUAUGGUGGUGGUCCCGGAUAUGGUGGCUUUGGUGGAGGCCCUGGAUAUGGUGGCUUCGGUGGAGGCCCUGGAUAUGGUGGCUUUGGGGGAUAUCCUGGAUACGGUGGCUUUGGGGGAGGUCCUGGUUACGGUGGCUUUGGCGGAGGUUAUAGUAGUUCUAGUGCCUCUKCUAGCUCAAGUUCCGGUGGCUACUUUGGAUAAAAUAUUUCCUUGAAUAGUGGCAUUAAUUAUAGUAUUUAUUAUUUUGCAAUUCUUUUU